CAUGCAAGUGUGGGGUCCCCAAUCGGCACCGGAAACCCGGUUAGCGUAUCUUAUACGAAUACGACGGCUGAUUGGAUGACACUCGGACGCCGCCCCGUGAGGAGUGAGGAGUCAAGGGUGCAAACCGAAUACGCGAACGGGAGCGAAGGUGCCCAACAUAAUCUCACAUUUGGAUAAGGACCUACCUUAUAUAAAUACUGCGUCGUCAACUCUGAGCCUUACUUAAGAGACCCAGAGACCGUGUUCGUAUCCCAUCAGCGAUCACAAGUUUGGAGAAACGAAUAUUACCAAGGCAGGACAAAAACGAGUAAUAACUCUUGAAAUAUUCAGAAUUCAAACAGAAGAAAAUGGCAACGACAUUGCAGGGAACAACAGUCCUGGUGACCGGCGCAGGCGGCGGGUUGGGUAAAGUGAUAGCAACGGCUUACCUAGAUGCCGGCGCCAACGUAGCCGUCUGCGACAUCAACGAGGAGCGACUAGCUUCUGCUCGGACUGAACUGGAAGGUACGGGACGAUUCGCCGCCUUCAAUACGGACAUUACGAACGAAGAGGCCGUGAACAAGCUCGUAGCCGACGUCGUAGCUAAGUUCGGCCGCCUCGAUAUCCUCGUCAGCAACGCUGGCAUGACGGACAAGUUCGACCCCGUCGGUUCCGUAACCAAGGAGACUUGGGACAGAAUCAUCAACCUCAAUCUUACCGGCUCGUUCCUCGUAUUUAAGGCCGGUGUUAAUGCCAUGGAGAAGCAGUCUCCACCGGGCGGGACCAUCAUCCAGAUUGGCUCGACGGCGAGUUACCACGGCAUGUCGUCUGGUGUCGCUUAUGCAGCCAGCAAACACGGCGUAGCUGCCCUAGUAAAGAGCACAGCCGGCUACUACGCGGCGAAGGGCAUCUACGCGAUCGGGCUGCUGCUCGGCGGCAUGGUCGACACCAACAUUCAGGAUAGUUUCGCGGUGCUGGGCGGAUUCAACACCGAGGCCUACGCGCAGAGCGUGUCUGCGAACUUCAAGCCCGAGAUGGCUAUAAAGACCAAGGACGUCGCCAAGUACUGUGUGUUCCUCGCUGAUCGGGGGAUCGCCGAGUCGUCUAACGGGUCGUUGAUUAACUUUAACAAGAACUACCCUAACGCGUAAAAUGUGUUGGGGGUGGUUGCUGUAAAUAUAAUUUGAAUAAAGCGAUACUUUGAUGACUUGCCUCUGUUUUAGAGUUACUUCGUUGGACUGGCUGCGUUGUGAGAUUUGUCUGAUUGUGAAAGUGGGAAUGGAUCUAGUAUUCUAUCUCCUAAGGUAGAUGGAUUAGGUAGG